AUGCGCAUUUCACUCCUUUUCACACUCGUUACUGUUUUGGCCGACUCGGCCUCUUCCAUUGCUGUUCCAUGGAAGACUACAAGACAACAACCACGUCAUGAGCCCUUCAUUGGUCGACGUGCCGCCAACACCACUCUUGAUAACUACGACUAUGUCGUUGUUGGCUCCGGUCCUGGAGGAGGCCCCGUUGCGGCCAAUCUUGCCAUUGCCGGCUACAAGGUGUUGCUGAUUGAUGCCGGAGGAGAUUCGGGCGACGCAUGGACGGAGAAGAUUCCGGCUCUUCAUCUUAUGUCCACUGAGUUCGAAGACACGAGAUGGAACUACUUUGUCAACCACUACCCCGACCUUGACCAACAGAAGAGGGACUCCAAGAUGACGUACGAGAUGCCCGACGGUAGUUUCUACGUCGGACUUGAUCCUCCAGCUGAAGCAACCCCUCUCGGUGUCUGGUACCCUCGCGCCGGAACGUUGGGUGGCUGUUCUCGCCACAACGCUCUUAUCACCAUCAAUGCUCACGAUAGCGAUUGGUCCAACAUUGCCACCCUCACCGGCGAUGAUACCUGGAGCCCAAGCAACAUGCAGUCGUACUUCCAAAAGAUUGAGAAGAACUUGUACCUGCCAUCCAGCAUCAUCGGACACGGCUACAGUGGAUGGCUUGGUACUUCGCUCACUUCUCUGUCACUCGUAGUCGAAGAUCAGAAGCUUCUGUCGUUGAUCAUCGCAGCUGCUACUGCCAUGGGAAAGAGUCUUCUUGGACUGCUGCUCAGCACCGUCGCUGGUCUCGGCCAGGUUCUACUUCGUGAUCUGAAUGCCCCCGGCCAGACGAGCAAGACUGGAUUGUACCAGGUUCCGCUCUCGAUGACUGAUUCCAUUCGUGGUGGUCCCAGAGACUUGAUCUUGGAUACAGCCAACGCUGUCAACGCUGAUGGAUCGCGCAAAUAUCACCUUGAUAUCAAGCUCGACACUCUGGUCACGAAGAUUCGAUUUGAUGAGAGUGGCGACACGCCUCGCGCUGUCGGUGUUGACUUCUUGGAGGGCUCCAGCCUUUACCGUGCCGAUCCCCGCUCAGGAGCUGCUUCCUCAACCGGCUCUGGCAGUGUUGAUGCUUCCCGUGAAGUCAUCAUCUCGGCUGGAUCCUUCAACACACCACAGCUUUUGAAGCUCAGUGGCAUUGGUCCAAAGGCCGAGCUCGACUCCUUCAAGAUUCCUGUCGUCGUUGACCUCCCAGGUGUCGGUACCAACAUGCAGGACCGAUACGAGGCAACUGUGAUUGGCAAGACCAACAGCGACUUUGUUAUUACUAGCAAGUGUACCUUCUUGGAGACGUCUCCCGAUCCUUGCCUCGAGGACUACAAGAACGGACUUGAGCCUAUCACAAAGGGCGUGUACGCCACCAACGGCAUCGCAAUUGCCGUCAUUCUCAAGUCCUCUGUCGCCGAGAACGAGCCCGACUUGCUCAUCUCCGGUGCCCCGGCCAAGUUCAAGGGCUACUUCACCGGCUACGCCUCCGACUCGCUUGCCGAUGCACAGCACUGGGCAUGGAUCAUCCUCAAGGCUCACAGCAGAAACAACGCUGGUACUGUGACUCUGAAGUCGACCGAUCCCAGAGACAUGCCCCUCAUCAACUUCAACUACUACGACACGGGCGUCAACAGCAACGGAGAAGCUGACAAGGAUCUUCAGGCUACUUACGAGGGCUUUGAGUUCACCCGAAAGGCCUUUGACAGCCUCAUCCCGCUCGACGGAAGCUUCCCCGAAGUCUGGCCUGGUACCAACACCUCCACAGAGGCAGACGCGAAGCAGUUCCUGAAGGACGAGACAUGGGGACACCACGCCUCGUGCACUUGUCCCAUUGGUGCUGAUGAUGACCCAAUGGCUGUUCUCGAUACCAACUUCAAGGUUCGCGGUACCAAGGGCCUCAGAGUCGUUGAUGCCAGUGUAUUCCCCAAGAUUCCCGGAUUUUACAUUGCUUUGCCUCUGUAUAUUGUGUCUGAAAAAGCUAGCGACGUCAUCAUCCAGGAAGCCAAGGUGUCAUCGGCUUAA